AUGGCUGCUACAUUCAAAACCAUUUUCUUCUACUUUUUCCUUCAUAUCUUCUUCGUUUCCUCCAGCCACCAGUAUCAUCCUUUGGACUCUCUAACUCCAUCAGAGUUCAGUCAAGUCCAAACCAUUGUGACUAAAGCAUACCCAAUUUCAAACCACAACCUGACCUUUCAAUACGUAGGUUUAGAAGAACCAAGCAAGCCACUUAUUCUCUCAUGGCUCAAAGACAACACCACCGCGAACCCACCUCGCCAGGCCUUCGUUAUUGCACGUAUAGAUCAUCAGUCCCAUGAAAUCAUUGUCGACUUGCUGCAGCAGUCUAUUAUAUCUACUCAAAUUUACGAUGGUUAUGGCUACCCUACGCUCUCUAUUGAUGACCAAGAACGGGCAAACAAGUUGCCAUUCACUUACCCGCCCUUUGUGGCGUCUAUUAGAAAUAGAGAGCUCAAGCUUGAAGAGGUGGUGUGCCAGAGUUUCACUGUAGGUUGGUUCGGGGAGAAGAAGAAGAGUAAAAGAAUAGUCAAGGUUAUGUGCUAUUAUUCAGAUGGGACAGUGAAUAUAUACAUGAGACCAAUAGAGGGAAUCACAAUGAAGGUUGAUCUUGAAGAGAUGAAAAUCAUUGCGUUCAGUGAUAGAGCUAUCGUCCCUGUGCCGAAGGCUGAGGGGACUGAAUACAGAGAAUCCGAGCUAAAACCACCUUUCAGUCCAAGCUUGAAUAGGAUUACAGUAGUUCAACCUGACGGUCCAAGUUUCACAGUUGACGGACACAAAAUUAGGUGGGCGGACUGGGAAUUCCAUGUAAGUUUCGAUGCCAGAGCGGGGCUGAUUAUAUCGUUGGCAUCAAUUUACGAUCCCGAGAGGCAAGAGCUUCGUCGGGUAAUGUACAAAGCACAUGUGUCGGAGCUCUUUGUGCCAUACAUGGAUCUAACAAACGAGUGGUAUUACAGAACAUUCUUUGAUGCGGGUGAAUAUGGCUAUGGUUUAUGCGCAAUGCCGCUUCAGCCACUCAGAGAUUGCCCUGCUACUGCAGUUUUCUUGGACGUUUACUUUGCCGCCCAAGAUGGGUUGCCCCGGAAGAUUCCUAAUGUUUUCUGCAUUUUUGAACGCUAUGCAGGAGAUGUCAUGUGGCGCCACACUGAAGUUGGUAUUCCGGGAAAAAUGGUAAGAGAAGUUAGACAAGAGGUAACGUUAGUGGUGAGAAUGGUAUCAACAAUUGGAAAUUACGACUACAUCAAUGAUUGGGAAUUCACGCAAAGCGGCUCUAUCAAAGUCACGGUUGGGCUUACAGGACUGCUAGCAGUGAGGGGAACAAAAUACACUCAUAAAGAACAAAUAGAGGAGGAUGUUUACGGUACAUUGCUGGCACAAAAUACAAUAGGUGUACACCAUGAUCAUUUCCUUAACUACCGUCUUGAUCUUGACGUGGACGAUGAUGCCAAUUCCUUUGUCAAGUCCAAAUUGGGGACCGUCAAAAUUAAAGAUCAGAGAUCACCUAGAAAGAGCUACUGGAAGGUUGAUAGUCAAACGGCUAAAACGGAGUCUGAUGGAAGGGUCAAGCUUGGAUCAGAGUCAGCUGAUUUGCUAUUUGUGAACCCAAAUAAGAAGACCAAAAUGGGGAACCUUGUUGGCUACCGUCUGAUCCCUGAGGGAGUCACGAGUGCCCUUUUAUCGUACGAUGAUUAUCCGCAAAUCAGGGCGGAGUUCACCAACUAUAAUGUGUGGGUCACGGCAUAUAACAAAUCUGAAAAAUGGGCCGCGGGCCUUUACACUGAUCAAAGCCGUGGGGAUGACAAUUUAGCCGUAUGGAGCAAUAGGAAUAGAAGUAUAGAAAAUAAGGACAUAGUGACAUGGUACACAUUGGGUUUUCAUCACGUGCCUUAUCAAGAAGAUUUUCCAUUGAUGCCCACAUUGAAGGGUGGAUUUGAGCUGAGACCUUCCAAUUUCUUUGAGAGCAAUCCAGUGCUCAAAGUUAAACCCCCUAAGGAUGUCAACAUGACCCACAUUGUCCUUUGA